GACGAAUAGAGGAGGGAGGAGAACGCCGACAGCAUGUGCCGUUACGUCUUAUUCUCACUGCCGACAAUCUCAACAGAUACGUCAGGUUCGCGUUCACGCCGAAGCACCUAUAUUUUUGCACGUAACCGUUCACUGGCCUUAUGCCAUAAAAUAUCAUAGUUACGACAAAUAGUCCGUCACGCAGUCAGACCACUCAUAACGCGUCAGGUAACCACCAGAGUCAUGUAUUUACAAAAUCAAAGGCAACCGAGCGAGGGCCCCAAAUAAUACGGACAGAAAAUUCUCUACCACACAGAUGACAUAAACAACAAGCAACCAUGGCUGACAACUUGCCAACCGAGUUUGAUGCUAUAGUCGUAGGAACAGGAAUGACCGAAUGCAUCCUUGCGGCAGCACUUGCGAGAAUCGGGAAGAAUGUACUUCACAUCGACAGAAACGAUCAUUAUGGUGGAGACUGGGCUUCCUUUAACAUGGACAGCAUGAGGCGCUGGAUAGCCAACCACAGGGGAGAGGAAUGUCCACCAUCCGUGAUGGAAAUACCUGAGUACUCUUCGCUCCUACACUAUCUAUCUAUCAAUCCAAAGACUGAGAAUGAGGAAGCUGCUGAGGAGAAGGAGAAACCCAGCCCAGCUUCACUUCUGCUGGAGGGAGAGCUGCUAGUAGAAGCGCGAAUGGAGUCGUCAACUAUAACCAACGUCGUUGAGAAAAUAUUUGUGAGGGAGAAAUCAGAAGUUGAAGUAAGCAAAGAGCCAUCGGAGAGCGAACAGCAGGGUACAGCGGAUACACAGCAAUCGACGGAGACCGAACAGAAGGGCGUGACGAAUGCGCAGCAGACGACAGCAUCAGCAAGCAAAACUCACACCAACGAGGACGAGCAGGAACCUUCAGUAGAGUCUGUGAUAGCAGAGGCACUUGCGUGUACUGAGGAGGAGAUGAAGGAGGAGAAGGAAGAGGAGGAUGAAAACAAAAGCGAGAGUGCAAUGGACGAGGCAAUAAUGUGCACACCUUCAUACGACACAGUCCCGACAGGCGCAGACGCGCAGGACACCCACAUAAUGAACAGCACCUCAGAAACCCUCGAGCCUCAGCCGACCGCAGACGCCGACGCGAGAGUCGGAACAGAGGAGAAGCCGGCGACGGAGCCUAGCUCUCAAUCGCCGUUGUGUGACGCGCAGUCGGUAGACGACGACAGUGAGUCGACAGCUCCAGUCGCAGACGCGGACGCGGGUGCCAUCACUGACGCGGACACGAAAUCCGCCGCAGGCUCCAUCACCGACACGGCCGAAGCAGCCGCCGCCGUUGCCAACGCUGCCGCCUCUAGUCCGGCGCAGGCGGACGCCGCCGCUGCCGCCGCGGAGUGGACGAUGGAGAGGAUCAUGAAGCGGUGGCGGCGCUUCAACCUCGACCUCGAGCCGAAGCUGCUGUUCUCGCGUGGCUCGCUCGUUGAGCUGCUCGUCUCGUCGAACAUCGCGCGCUAUGCCGAGUUCAAGAUCCUCACGCAGGUGCUGACGCUGCUGGAUGGCAGGCUGGAACGGGUUCCGUGUUCGAGAGCAGACGUCUUCAGCAGUAAGAAGGUGUCGGUGAUCGAGAAGCGAAUGCUGAUGAAGUUCAUACAGUUCUGCCUAGGCUAUGAGAACACACCGGCAGAGUAUGCAGGUUUUGAGGACCGACCGUUCUCCGAGUUCCUCAUGUCGCGGAAGCUCACUCCGAACCUGCGCCACUUUGUGCUUCACUCCAUCGCCAUGGUAACCGAGGACUGCCCGACAGAGCGUGCGCUUGGGGAGACGAGACGCUUUCUACAGUCUCUCGGGCGGUUUGGCAAUUCGCCGUUCCUCUGGCCGAUGUAUGGGAGUGGCGAACUCCCUCAGUGCUUCUGCAGGUUGUGUGCUGUGUUCGGCGGUAUCUACUGCCUCCGCCGCAUGCCGCAGUGCGUCGUCAUCGACGCGGCGUCGAACCGCUGCAAGGCAAUCGUCUGCAAUGAGAACCAGAGGAUCAGCUGUGAUUGGUUGAUUAUGGAGGCGAGCUACGCACCUGAGCAGUACGUGCCGAGACCAGAGACGCGCAGGAGCAUAUCCCGGGCCAUUCUCAUUACAGAUGGCGCUCUGCUGAAGGAGAAGCAGGAGCAGCUGACGUUGAUGAGUCUGCCGGUGGGGAUGCCCGGCCGCUCGCCCGUGCGUCUGCUCGAGCUCGGCCCGUCGACGAUGGCGUGCCCCCGCGACCUCCGCAUCGUCCACCUGACCUGCGUCGGCGGCGGCGACGCGCAACUCGACCUCGCGCCGACGAUCGACAGGCUGUUCGCCGUCGCGGAGCCGCCGUCGGAGGCAGAGCGUGCGGCGCCACCUGGUGAGAGCGGCGAGCGGGAGACGAUAGGCGGAGCGGCGGCGACGGAGGCAGAGCGUGCGGGGCCACCUGGCGGGAGCGACGAGCAGGAGACGACGGGCGGAGUGGCGGCAAUGGAGGCAGAGCUUUUGGCGCCGCCUGGCGGAAGCGGCGAGCGGGAGGCGGCGAGCGGGGCGGUGGCGGCGGAGGAUCGGGGGGAGACUGAUGACGGAAAGCCGAAGCUGCUGUGGUCGUUGUUCUUCAACUGUCAGGAUACUACCGACGAGCUGGCAGUGAGCGAAGACUGCCCGGACAACGUCGUCGUCUGCGGCGGGCCGGACUGGACGCUGGACUUUGAGCACUCGGUGCAGGAGGCCAAGGACCUGUUUAGGAGGAUCUGCCCGGACGAAGAGUUCCUGCCCAGAGCUCCGGACCCGGAUGAGAUCGUGUUUGGGGAUUACGAGAAUCCCGCGCCUACGGAUGGCUUCAGGGAGCUGGCGACUGACGCGGAGUCGAGGAACAACAACGGUGGCGGCCCCACUCCAGCAGCCGAUGAUGACAGAACUCCUGCACCCGCAGCAGUAGCGCCACCUGUCGAUGUGACCCACGGUGAGAUGGGCACGCACCAACCUGACAACGGAGGAGGUGGGUUUUAUGAGCAGGAAUCGGCAGUAGCGAAAGACAAUUCAAGCAGACCCUCAACUGAAGAAGAACAGGAUUAAACUAAUCGAGAAGAAGGCUGCAGGUAUGCAAGGAUGAGCAGAGAAGAUAAGAUUUGGCUAGAAGCCUUGUGUGGUUGAACAAAGCAGAUUAGCCAUAACUCACAGCCCGUGUGGAGCACCAGCAUGAACAUGUCACAUACUAUAUAGUAUGUGAUAUACAUGUGUUCAUGGUACUAGUAACAGCAAAAUACGAUAUCAGCUUCCUAUAAAUUAUACGCAUAGCCUAUAAAGUUGUAUCGCUGCGACUGGCAUAUAGACAACUAUCCGGAAUAUGUGUAUUCCUUAUUGAUAUUUGAUUCGAUAAGACUUCGGAUGCAAUUGAUUGCUUUUGUGUCAUUCCUUCAGGUAUAUAUUCAUUUCUCUUGUUGGUCAGGUAUCGCUUUGGUACAGUGUACAAUCAUGCUAUUCAUUAUUAUUGUUAAAGAGUUAAUAAAUGUGUGUUCUGUUAUACAAGUAGUGAUGCAGGUAACAGUACCUCUAUAAACCUAGUUAUAUGCUUGAUUAGUAGUCUUCCGUGUCUGAUACGAUGAAUAUAAUUAAUCAAUCAUGAUGGGAUGCAGGAAGCUUGCAUUAAUGGGAUGCAGCAACUGAUGUAUAGUAUGAAACCUCAUAAAGAAUAUUCUUCAUGGUCGAAAAGGCUGUAACGAAGAUAACCUAAUAUUUAUUGAAUAGUCAACGUCACUAGUACUAUAAUCGUCCGUGGCAUUCCACCAGGAGUCCAAGAGGGGCUAAUAUUUAGCUGACGUCACCGGUUUCUUCCCGUGCACUGUGUGCAACUGAUAGACAUGGACCGACCUGUCAUCACAGUAUUACUGUUGCCAGCGAAACGCUCAUAUCUGUCUUACAAUUAAUGUAGCAAUGACAUAAUUUAGGGCGAGACAUAUUAGUUACUUAUAUUUAGAAUUUAUGGUGUGCAUUUUUACAUCUGUCUGUCCUGUUGUGAUAUUUUUGUGAUAUAUACUCGUUUAUCUGGUUAUGCAUAACAUUCGAGAAGUGUUGGUGUUGUUGUAUUUAAAACGCAAUUGUGAGUGUAGCUAUAUUUCAUCAGUAUCUACUAUCUACACAUCAUGUCUAAUACACAUUUAUAUUGUAUUCUAUGUGGUGUGAUUAAUUUCUGUGGUAUUAUAAAUUAAACCUAACAUAGAACGACGUAUGAUGAGACAAUACAUACAUCGAUUUAUAUGGUAUGCACUGGUGUAUCGAAGAGUAUAAUAAAACGAUAGCUUCUGACAUUUAAAAAAAAAUUGAGAAAUGGCUAUGCAAACUAA